GAGGCGGCGAGUGGCCGGGCAGGAGCCGCGGGGCAGGGCGCAGCUCCGGGGCAGGGCAGGGCAGUACCGCGCCGCAGGAGCGGCGGGCAGGCGGCGGACAGCAGCAGCCACGACCGGGCGCAGGAGGGGCUGGGCGCCCUCCUAGCAGCUAGUAUUUAUGUGCUGCUUGGUGUCUUCUGACCUCCAUGGAGCUGGAAUCACAUCUUGGGUUUGAUAGCUCCACUGGAUCUUUGAUUGUGAUCUCCUCUAAAUCACAACACUGAAAACAAUGGCAACAGAAUGUAUAAAAGACUGUUAUAAAUGGUGUUUCUGCAUGGAAAAAGAAAAAAAUUCUCCAGUUUCCAUGGUGAAAGAAUCUGAAGCAGCAGCCACAAGCAAGCCAGCUAUUGUAGAGAAGCCUCCAUUGUCUUCCGUGUCAGUGAAGCGUCAAGUUGGCUGUUCAGAGGAUUAUCUGCUUUCUAAACUGCCCCUGGAUGGUCAGGAGGUACCUUUUGUGGUCCCUCCAUUCAAAUUGGCCUAUGUACAACCAAAGAACCUUCCUAGUAUCUCAUAUGGAGGGAUUCAAGAAUCUGCCAGAGCCUCAUUUGGUGACCGGAAAGCAGAACUGCACGGCGUGUACCAGUGGCCCCAUUAUGACGUGUAUAACCCAUUCUAUUUGGAGCAGCGCGUUUCGCCAGAUCUGAUUAGGCGCUUCCAAGCAAAAUCAGAUAAUAGGAAAUUAUAUGGAUCAGUUAGUGAUUUGAGAUCCAGUGCUUUGCCUGGAUCAUUUGAUGUAAGUCGUUCAAUGUUUGAUCUCAGAAGCCCACCUCAUCGCUUCAUGAAGAGAUACGAUUCAUUAUCCAGUGUACCCAGCAGUACCUCUUCCAGGAAGGAUUCACAAGGCAGUAACAGGAGUCUGGAUACUAUAACAUUAUCAGGUGAUGAACGAGACUUUGGAAGACUGAAUGUGAAGUUGUGUUAUGUUUCUUCUGUAGAACAGAUCUGGAUCACAGUUUCACAUUGCAAAGACCUAAGCUGGCCUUCUAGCUGUGGGGAACAUCCUCGUAUCUAUGUCAAGGGAAUUCUCACACUGCCCAAACCAGUGCAUUUCAAAUCUUCUGCCAAGGAAGGGUGUAUUGAUAUAGAAUUUAUGGAAACUUUUGUAUUUGCUAUUAAACUGCAAAGCCUGCAGGCUGUCCGACUGGUAUUUAAAAUCCAGACACAGACUCCCAGGAAAAAAACAAUUGGAGAGUGCUCCUUGGCACUGCGGGAGCUCAGCUCGGAGGAAUCAAGUCAUUGGCUGGAUAUAUCUCCUCCUUCCAAGGCACCUGUAAGUGCCAAUACUGCAAAAGUGUGCCGUGCAGAACUUCAAGUAGGAACUUGUUUUCAAGCAGUAAACAGGAGGAUACAGUUACAGAUUCUGGAAGCACAAAACCUUCCAGUUUCAUCUACACCACUGUCUUCAAAUUUCUUUGUGAAAGUUGGAAUGUUUACUACAGAAGGGAUGAUCUAUAAGAAGAAGACUCGUCUUCUGAAGUCCACUAAUGGCCACGUGAAGUGGAGAGAAAUGAUGAUUUUUCCAGUUAGCCAAGCUGAACAAGGAAUUGGCUUUCUCAUCAAGCUCUACAGCAGAAGUUCAGUGAGAAGAAAACACUUCCUAGGACAGAUCUGGAUAAGUUCUGAUAGCAGUAACAGUGAAGCAGUAAAGCAGUGGAGAGAUACUAUUGCUAACCCUGAAAAGGUUGUUGUUAAGUGGUACAGCAUUGGUCCGUCUUGAAGACUGCAGAUGAAACUCAGGACUGAUUUUUCUACAAAGAUAUUCCUACACUGUUUAAAAUAGUAUAAAUAAAAAGAAAAAUAUCGUCUAUACAA